AUAAAUGACUGUAGUGGUUGCCCUUGUCUGUCUUCUGCUUGGUGACUCAUCUGGCUUGCAGAUAAAAAGAUUCCCUUUCUCCCUCUCUUUCUUCUUUAAACUCCCCUUAGGUUUUCACCCUCUUCAGUAAGUAAAACACUUACAAAAAUCAAAGGCAUCAUGGGAUUUAAGCAGUGGCUUUCCCUUCUGUGGCCCUGCUUGAACUCUUUUAACUUUUUGAUUUUGCUCCGUGGUUUCCCUUUUAAUCAACCGCUUAGCAUUGUCAUGAGCUCAGGGGGCUUUACAUUUUCGACGCUAGAUCCCUGAUCUGCAAGUGUCUGGACUGCCUUAAGCUGAAAUGAAGAAACACACAUAUAACAACAGCAUUAUUCUCUCACUUACAGAUGCCAUAUUCCAGUGAUUACUGUAUACACUCGAGUAUAAGCCUAGUUUUUCAGCCCUUUUUUUAGGACUAAAAAAGCCCCCCUCGGCUUAUACUCGGGUGAGGGUCCUGUUGGCUUAUAUUUGGGUAAGCUAAUACUCGAGAAUAUAUGGUACAUUUAUUAUUUUUCUCUAUUAUUAUUGGUAUUAUUACAUUUAUUAUUUUAAGUAAAGGUAAAGGUUUCCCCUGACAUUAAGUCCAGUUGUGACUGACUCUGGGGGUUGGUGCUCAUCUCCAUUUCUAAGCCAAAGAGCCAGCGUUGUCCGUAGACACCUCCAAGGUCAUAUGGCGCCGUUACCUUCCCGCCGGAGCGGUACCUAUUUAUUUACUCACAUGUGGCCGACAUGACUGCAUGGAGCGCCGUUUACACUAUUAUUUUACUCUAUUAUUAUUAUUAUUAUUAUUAUUAUUACAUUUAUAAUUGUACUCUAUUAUUGUUGCUAUUAUUACAUUUAUUUUUACUCUAUUUUUUAUUAUUAUUAAUACAUUUAUUAUUUCACUCUGAUAUUAUUAUUAUUACAUUUAUUAUUCUACUCUAUUUAUUAUUACAUGUAUUAUUUUUCUGUAUUUAUUAUUAUUAUUACAUGUAUUAUUUUACUCUAUUAUUAUUAAAAGGAUACAUAAGCACAUUUACAUUGAAGAAGAUGAGAAUAAUGAUUUAAUCAGAGUUAGACAGUCUUACCUUGAUGUAAAUAUUCAAAAACAUUUAACCUACUGAUACCUCAAUUAAUGUAAUUUUUGGUAUCUAUUUUUAUUUUGGAAAUUUCCCACCCUCGGCUUAUACUUGAGUCAAUGAUUUCCCAGGUUUUUUUGUGGUAAAAUUAGAUGCCUCGGCUUAUAUUAGGGUCGGCUUAUAUUCGAGUAUAUACGGUAAUUUUAUUAUUUCUGUUUCCUCUAGUUUCAGCACUGACUGCUAUAGCGCUGAGCCUCUAAAGCAGUUAAUGGACCCUUCCUCUGUUCUCUACCUGGAUUUGCAAGAUGCUCAUUUUAGGAUCAAAUAUUUUCAGAUUUUAAAAAGCCCCAGUGUUGUACAAUAGCCAUACAGGCUGGAGUUGUUGUUUAGAAAAAAGAUGUUUUUCAAAGCUGUGGUUGUGCUUCAAAUGCUCUCAAUUCCAGUGUAGUUUGUAGAAAUAAAUGAUUCCUUUGAGCUUAUUCUUUGCACCAAUAAUGUCAGAGUUUUAUAUCAUUUCUUAAGUGAAAAUGGGUAAGUGAUUGUAAGGAUCAUGACCAAACACUGUAUGGCCAGCAGCAAUCAAGCCACCUGUUAGAGAUUGAGUACUACUAAUAGAGACUGAGUACAUCAUGUUACUAGAGGUUGGAGUUUGGAACCUGAGAUAGGAGAGAUCCAUAGAGACCAGAGAAAAGAUUUUUGAAGAAUGAAGGACGAAUGAAGCUACCUUCACUGCUGAAAACUAAUUUGCUUUAAGGUGUGGAAAGAAAUCGCCAUUUUAGGCUUUUUGUUGUACCGUCACAAUGAGAACUUAUCACUUUUUCUGGAUCCUCUUCUGGGUCAGUCACCCCUACCAAAGUUCUUCCACACCGUUAUCCAAAAGAACUAGUGGAUUUCCAGAAAACCCAAAGGUUUUGGAUUUAUCUAGAAAUAACAUAAAUGUGCUCAAUCGUGCCAAAAGAAGCUGGAUGUGGAAUCAGUUCUUUCUUCUAGAGGAGUACACCGGCUCAGACUACCAAUACGUUGGCAAGCUUCACUCUGACCAGGACAAAGGAGAUGGUUCACUUAAAUACAUCCUUUCUGGAGAUGGAGCAGGAGAUCUUUUCAUUAUCAAUGAAAACACUGGGGAUAUACAGGCUACAAGGAGACUAGACAGGGAAGAAAAGCCGGUUUAUAUUCUUCGAGCUCAGGCUAUCAAUAAAAGGACCGGAAGACCAGUAGAACCAGAAUCAGAGUUCGUCAUUAAGAUCCAUGACAUCAAUGACAAUGAGCCACUGUUUACAAAGGACAUUUACAAUGCUAGUGUCCCAGAAAUGUCUGAUGUAGGUACAUUUGUCGUGCAAGUCACAGCAACCGAUGCCGAUGACCCUACAUACGGGAACAGCGCAAGAGUGGUCUACAGCAUUCUCCAGGGGCAGCCAUAUUUUUCUGUUGAGUCUGAAUCAGGCAUCAUCAAAACAGCUUUGCUGAACAUGGAUAGAGAAAACAGGGAGCAAUACCAAGUGGUCAUCCAGGCCAAAGACAUGGGCGGACAGAUGGGCGGAUUAUCAGGAACCACUACAGUGAACAUCACGCUGACUGAUGUCAAUGACAACCCACCUCGCUUCCCUCAAAGUGCCUACCAAUUCAAAGUCCCAGAAUCGGCACCACUGGAUUCAGCAGUGGGCAGGAUAAAGGCUAGCGAUGCUGAUGUUGGCCAAAAUGCAGAGAUGGAAUAUAGCAUCAUUGAAGGGGAUAGCUUAGAAAUGUUUGGUGUCAUCACAGACAAGGAGACACAAGAAGGCAUCGUCACUGUUAAAAAGGCAUUGGAUUUUGAGAAGAAGAGACAGUUUACUUUGAAAGUGGAGGCCAGCAAUCCUCAUGUGGACCCCAGAUUCCUGUAUCUGGGACCAUUCAAAGACACAACUACUGUCAGAAUUCAAGUGGAGGAUGUAGAUGAACCUCCUGUGUUCAGUAGGCCAGCCUAUAUACUCGAAGUAAAAGAAGAUGUCCAGAUCAAUGCUGUCAUAGGAACUGUAACCGCCAGGGACCCCGACAGUGCAAAGAAUCCUAUCAAGUAUUCUGUAGAUCGUCAUACUGAUAUGGACAGAAUAUUCAACAUUGAUUCUGGAAAUGGUUCAAUAUUUACUUCCAAGCUUCUUGACCGGGAAACAUUAUUGUGGCACAACAUUACAGUAAUUGCAUCCGAGAUCAACAACCCUAAGGAAAGCAGCCGAGUCCCAGUGUUUAUUAAAGUUCUGGAUGUGAAUGACAACGCCCCUGAAUUUCCCAUGUUUUAUGAGACAUAUGUUUGUGAAAAUGCAAGGGCCGAACAGCUCAUACAGACUCUAAGUGCAGUUGAUAGAGAUGAUGCUUUUGGGGGACACAAAUUCUCAUUCUCUUUGGCGCCAGAAGUAGCCAGCGGCUCCAAUUUCACGCUUCAGGACAACAGAGAUAACACAGCUGGGAUCUACACCAGGAGAACCAGAUACAGCAGACAUGAAAUGAAUAUGUACCUCCUGCCCGUGGUCAUCUCAGACAAUGAGUACCCGAUUCAGAGCAGCACAGAGACAGUGACAAUUCGAGUAUGUGCCUGUGACCAAAGAGGCAAGAUGCUCUCCUGUAAUGCUGAAGCACUGAUCCACCCAACUGGCCUUAGCACAGGCGCUCUCAUCGCAAUCCUCCUCUGCAUCAUCAUAUUGCUAGUGACAGUGGUGUUGUUUGCAGCCCUGAGACGGCAACGGAAAAAAGAGCCUUUGAUCAUUUCAAAAGAGGACAUCCGAGACAACAUUGUCAGCUACAACGACGAAGGUGGCGGAGAGGAAGACACCCAAGCAUUUGAUAUUGGCACGCUGCGGAAUCCUGAAGCCAUAGAAGACAAUAAAUUACGCCGAGACAUUGUGCCGGAAGCACUUUUUAUGCCACGCCGGACACCGGUGGUUCGAGAUAACACAGAUGUUAGAGAUUUCAUUAGCCAAAGGUUAAAGGAGAACGACACGGAUCCAACAGCACCUCCUUAUGACUCAUUGGCAACAUACGCAUAUGAAGGCAAUGGCUCUGUGGCAGAGUCUCUCAGUUCCUUGGAGUCGGUGACUACUGAUGGGGACCAGGACUACGAUUACCUCAGCGACUGGGGACCUCGCUUUAAAAAGUUGGCCGAUAUGUAUGGUGGCACAGACAGCGAUAAAGACUCCUAAAAUGUUGCCUUUUUUAGCUCCCAGAAAACAGCAUUGAAAUGUGUGAUGUUGCGAUUUCUUUCUAUUUAUCCACAGUUCUUUGGAAGGGUUCUGUUUGACCAGAUGAAAUUGUUUCCGUGACUGCAGUCUUCGUGGAUCUAAUGUCAUUUCCUCCCCAAAUAUAAUUUGAGCUUCCAAGAGGCAAAUAAUGAGGAAAAACAAACUUUUUUUUGUAUAUCCUAUUUGCCAAGCAGGCACGAUGGGAAGCAAAUUGAGGAACAAAGGAAAUGGAAUAAUAGUUUUAACUUGUUCUGCUUAUCUUGGAAAUUGGAUUAUCUUCGUGCUAUCAUUCACCAAAUAAUCUUACUGUAUUUUAAUUAUUCUGCUCAGACAUGUCUUCUGCAGACUAUGUAUCAAACAUCUAAAUGUAGGGAUCUAUUGCUGCUCACUUUAACUAUUACAGUAAAAAGGAUAGCUCUUUUUGAAGCCACAACUAGCCAAUAAGGAAAUCAGAUACUUAAAAGAUUGAGAGCCCAUUUAAACAGUAGUAUUAAUCCUGAAUUAGUCAUUUUCCUGGAAAUAUUCAUCCAUUCUAAGGGGUGGACAAUUAAGAGUAGAGAGGAAGGAGAAUUGUUUUGUGUUAGUAAUGAUGCAAAAAGAGUAUCUCAAGUGUGUUUAUGAUAUGACAGCAAUCAUUAUUUUACGGAAAAACACUCCCCCAUGUAACCAGUCUCUUCCAAUCUGGUGUCCUCCAGAUGUGUUAGAUUAGUGAUGUCAAGCUUAUGACCCUCCAGGUAUUUUGGACUUUGGCUCCCAAAAUUCCUGGCCAUUGGACAACUCUCAGAGCUUCUGAAAGUUGAAGGCUCAAACAUCUGGCGGGCCACAGGUUUGACAUUUCUGUGUUAGACCAGCGCCAUCCCCAGUUGGUAUAGCCAUUGUAUGGUCAAGGUGGGAGUUAUGGACUAGCAUGUCUGUUUAUCACUAGGAUGAGGAAUGGUGGUAGAGAUUACCUUCAGCAAACAUUUGUCAAGGAAUUGGCAUGACAUUGACAGAUAUAUAACUAAUGUAAGUCCUGCUGAUAUCAGUAGGCUCUUUGUGUACAGACUUUGAGCUCUAUUUAAUAUUAAUGCCAGUUUCUAGGACAUCAGCAAACACAAAGCUGCCAUGCAAGUCUUACCCUUCUCUGCUCACUUACCCUGCUGCAACCUUUACUUUGGCCUCAGAAACAAAAUGGGUACCUGUGAUAUUUCUGACAGCAGGACACUUUGAUACUAGCAAGAAAUUGUAGAGCAGGAGGAGGAACCAAGUAAAACAAGAACAGUAGUAGAGUCACUUUUAGGUACAACCCCUACAAUAUUAAUAAAAGCAUCAGUCAUAAUCUAGAACAGUGGUUCUCAAUCUGGGUUCCCACAAGUUGAAAUCCACUGAUCUUGAAUCUAGGACAGUAGUUCUCAACCUGUGGGUCCCCAAAUGUUUGGGCCUACAACUCCCAGAUAUCCCAGCCAGUUUAUCAGCAGUUAGGAUUUCUGGAAUUUGAAGACCAAAACAUCUGGUGACCCACAAAUUUGGAACUACUGAUCUAGGGGUAAUCCUCAGUUGGAUCCCACUUCUUCCACCAGAAACGCCUUUCUCUCCAAUGGCCAAAAGCCAGCUCCAGAGUGCUGAAAAAUCCUUCAGAGCAAUCUUCUGGCAUCAUGGAGUGUUGAAGCAGAAAGGAGGUGGGAAGAGAAUUCUGUUAAUCCUGGUGCUGGUCAACAAAAGAAGCCAUUUGAUAUUGGCCUUUGUAUGCAGUCACUCCUCAGCCCGAAGCUGGGAAUUCACAUUGACUAUGAUGUGUGAGUGCACACACACACACACACACACACACACUUACUCCCAAAGUACCAUUCAAGAAAACAUCUGGAGUGAAAAGCAAAGCAGGAAAGCAGAACACAGUCUAGCUUCUAUACCAUUGGUUGAAACCCACUAAGUGGAUUGGACUUGCUUUGAACAAAAUGAAAUAUUUGAACAACCUCUGUAGAGCUCUGGUAAAAUGACCUUUUUUAAAAAACAACAAUUGUUCUUUGCUAAAUGGCAGCAUUUAAAAUUAUUUUAAAAUGAUAUUUACUUCUCUUUAUUGCAUUAUAGUAAAUGAAGUCUUACAGUAAAGUAGCAUCAUGUGAUUUUAUGAUUUAGGCUUUUUAGUUAGCUAGCUAGACGUUAGAGUACUUAGUGUACAAGAAGUCAUCAGUUGAUACAUUGAUUUGGAAGGCCACAAAACAGAUUCUAAAUUUAUUGAUCAAAGGGCCACACUAGUUGUUAAUCUGCAAUUAUUGCAGCCCCAGAAAACCUAAAGUCUUGUAAUCAAGGUGCAUUGUUGGUGCAGUUCCAUGUUGUAAUUUGUUGGAAAGAUCCAAAGAAAACAAAUACUAGCUAUCUGGGAGGGGAUCAAGACAUUUGCCCUCAAAAGGCUCAAAGCAUUACAAAAACAAACCUGCCAUAUUAAAAUGAUAAAUCAUUCCCAUAGAAAGUCAGUCUAACUUCGAUCCUAUGUAUGUCUUCUAAGAAACAAGCCCCAUUAUGAAAGUUUUGUGAUAACUAAUGAAAGCCAGAAAAGACUGAAUUAUUAUCUCCCUUGUUAGCAUUUUUUUUAAAAAAAACCUAUAAGUUAUAACCAACUCUAUCCAUCAAUAAUGUUGAAACAAUCCAAUCAGCAAGAGUUGAAUCAACGUUGGUUAGAUGGUUGAGAAAAGCAGAAUCACUACAUUUAAUACAAAUACCUUUUGUGAUCUAGAGACAUUGUUUGGGGUGGUAUGUGGCCUCUCAGCCACAUUUUCCCCAACACUGUUUCAAAACGUGAUUAGACAGAUUCAUAGCUAUCAAUGGCUAGUAAUCAGGAUAGCUAUUAAUUUCUUCCCAUAUCUGCAGUUUUGGUUGCUGAAGACCAUAUAGGUGAGAGGGCCAUUGAACUUGUCCUGUAGACCAGCUUGCUAUGGUCAGUAGAUACUUUCACUAUGGAAACAGAUUGUUGGAAACAGACUGUUGGACUAGACCUUUGAUCUGAUCUAACAUGGUUCUGGAACAGAUCCAGGGCAAGACCCAAUAAUGAAUCCUGACAGCGUUUGUAGUGAAAAUAUUAAAGGGAAGACUUUCUAUGUGCAUGCAUGAUUGCAUGUUUUUUAUCUUCCCAAUGGAAAAUGGCCCUGGAAUUCAUUUGGUCAGACUCAACUCAACAGUAAGUGCACGUACAUAAUUUCAAGUGUUUUAUAUAGGUCAUCAAAAGGAGUGUGCUUUAAGCAGCACCAUGCCAAAUAGGCUACAGAAGCCUAAAACGCUGAGUGGAUUCUGUGAACAAACAUUGAUUGUGCUUUUCUUCUGAUAUAGCAAAUUCACUUUGAUGGCUUAAGUUGAUUUAGCUAGGAUUAUCUGUGGUAAUUCCAUGACACGUUGAUGGCUUAAGUAGAGUGCUCUUCCACCACCACCCUGAAUUAGUGACACUAAGUAGCAGGCGAUUUGAGCGAGAAUUUUGCAUUUUAUUGACAAAGUGUUUUUCCCUGUCAAUAAAAUGACAGUAAGCCACCCACUGCAUGUGCAUAAAUAUUAUAUAAACUAUUUAACAUACUGGCAUCAAAAUUAAGAUGCCAAACUGAAAAAAGAUGAAAUAUAAUAUUCUCUAGUAGCUGGCAUUUAUAAAUUAAUCACCUGAAGUUUUUUUGUUAUCCCUGCAAUUUAUGUACAUAGAUUUCCCCCCCAUACACACACACAAAUAGAGCUCUGUUAGUAUCAAUUCAUAGACAUAUGACUAAGGCCUUCAGAUUUUCCCCAAUGUGCAGUGUAAAAUACAAUUGAAAAGGAAAUUUCUUUGUUCAUACAUUCCAUGUUUGAGUGUCAAGGUGUAAUGAUCAAAAAGCAAGAGAAGAAAAGAUUGGAAGCAUUAAUUGUACCGCAUUUGAUAGGUUAAGUAUCCCUAAUCAGAAAUCCUUAGGACCAUAAUUAUUUUGGAUUUCUGAUUUUUAGAUGAGUAUUUGCAUAUAUGUACAUAAUUGCAUAUCUUUGAGAAGAACCCAAUCCUAAACACUGAAUUCAUUUAUGUUUCACCUAAAUGUUACUUUUAGCCCAAACUUUGUGUUUGAAACAGAGUUUUUAUACACUGGCCCAUCAGAACACAAAAAUAUCACAUAUGGGGAUAUGGACAGUUUUGGAUUUUGGAAUAUUUCAGAUUUUGGAAUUCCAGACAAGGAAUACAACAAUGUGGGGAUAGAAAAGUCCAGUGUCAAACUGCAUCCAAUAUCCUACAUGGUAGACUAUAAAGCAGACCUGCACAACCUGUGGCCCUCCAGGUUUUUUGGACACCCAGAAUUCCUGAUCAUUUAAUAAGCUGGCUAGGGCUUCUGAGAAUUGGGGGUCCAAAUACCCGGAGAACCACAAGUGAUGCCUAGUGUAGAAUAUGAAUAUAGUACGUGGGCCUCUCUAUCAACACCAUCAGAAUUUUCUGUGGCACUGUGAUAGCCCCCCCCCCCCCCCACACACACACACACAUAAACAGAGACAUUUCACUACUGGCGGACAAGUAGAAUACAGAAUCAGAGAAGCAUCUGGCUAUGGUCCCAUGUCCCACUAAGAUCUGCUAGAAUUCUCCAGACAUGUCAGCAAAUGAUGUCAUCAGCCUUCAAUUGGUUAUGGCAGCAUAGUCAGAUUCUUCUCUAAUCUUCUUCCCUAACCACCAACAAAGAGAUGACUAUAUGGGUGGGACUACACAGUCUAGUGGUGGUGGUAAGGUAUUGGUGGUGGUGAGUCUCAGAAAAGACUACCAACCUCCAAAAUGACCCAAAAAGUGGACAUAAGGUGGAGUUGUACUUGGAUAUGUCACCAAUAGAACUCCAGACUAUAUGUGUUUAGAUCUCAUGAGCAAGUCCCAUUUAAAUCAGUAGAACCAAGGUAUGAGUUCCUAUGACUGCACACAACUUCAAAUAUAAGUCAGUAGUGAGAAAAUACAGAUUUUUAGUAAUAUAUAAUUAGCAUGUAGAAUCAACAUCUCAAUGUAUUUUAAUGAUCCUGGUUCAUCUUAAUCCACUGGCUUCAGAACAACCAGGUCUUGAGUUGAAUCAACCCAAAUCCUUUAAUAUGGCAAAGCAUUUUGAAUUAAGGUCUUGAGGUUCAGUGGAGCUUACCUCUAAUUAAGAAUUGGGGCAUAUGCUUUCUUUAUCAGAUUAGAAAAAUCCUCCUGAAUGAAGAUGCUAUUAUAUUUCAUUAUGUAUAUCAGAGUUAGAAAAUAUAUGGCAGUGGCCAAAACAUAUACAAUAGAGUCUCACUUAUCCAACAUUUGCUUAUCCAACAUUCUGGAUUAUCCAAUGCAUUUUUGUAGUCGAUGUUUUCAAUAUAUCAUGAUAUUUUGGUGCGAAAUUCGUAAAUACAGUAAUUACUAUGUAGCAUUACUGCAUAUUGAACUACUUUUUCUGCCAAAUUUGUUGUAUAACAUGAUGUUUUGGUGCUUAAUUUGUAAAAUCACAACCUAAUUUGAUGUUUAAUAGGCUUCUUCUUAAUCUCUCCUUAUUAUCCAACAUAUUCGCUUAUCCAACGUUCUGCCAGCUCAUUUAUGUUGGAUAAGUGAGACUCUACUGUAAUUGCAUUAGCUUAGAACCAAUGGUUAGUUUCAACUAGAGUAGCCCCAUUGAAUCAAUGGUGAUUUAUCAUUUAGCAAUUGAUUCCAUGGGGCUGCCUGUUCCUAGUAGCAUUUAGAAUUAGGAAUUUCAUGUUUUAAUUUGAAAAUGUAGGUCUUAUUUUGAGGAACUUUCCAGUUAUCCAGAUCAUCCCGGCCUCAGGCAGCAUACUGAUUUCUGAAUCAUAACAAUACUUCAAGAGAUCAGACAGACAGAAAGAUAGAGAUGAAAGAAAGAAAGACGUGCAAAGAAUUUGUUUUUAAUGUCAUAGAAAUGAGAUUACUCAUAUUUCCAAACUGACUGCCCUAGAUCAAAAGACACAUCUGUAGGUUAUGAGAGAGAAAUGCCAUAUAUUGGUUAAAUAGCUCUGCUAAUGAGAAGCAAUAUGGAAAUUGCCAAGUUGCUGUUAUGAAAUUUGUAAAUGAACAAGGGAAAGAAAGGGAGAAAGCAAUGACUGAGACCAUAUUUGAUGCCUUUAGCAGCUUGAAGGCUUCCUAAAGAGGGAAAUUCAGUAGCUGGCGUAAUUAUUAGAAGUGAAUGAAGGAAGUUGUUAUUUUUGUGUCAUUGGUUUCUAACAUUCCCUGUACUAGCAGUUUAAUUUAGGUACUGCUGAGACAAUCUUCAACACACCAACGCUCUGCGAUGCUACACGUCCUACGUCCGUCAUAUAUCACAAAUUCUCUUUAAAGAGCUGAACAUCACAGAUGUUCUUUUGUUAUCCAUGGACGUUUAUCAUAGACAUGGGUGGAGGUAGAGAGACAGAAAUAACGAAGGAAGAAACGUGGAAUUGUACUGUUUAAAGCUGAAGACAUAAAUUGACUACGUACUGAUAUAGCAAGCAACACAGUUUGAUUUGCAAACACAAGGAAGUGAUAACAUGUAUAGCUCCAUUAAGUCAAAUAUUUUGUCAAUACUGUACAAAUACCGGAUCCUAUGUGAUCUUGGAAACUAAGCAAGGCUAGUACUUGGAUGUGAGACUGCAAGUAAAUAUAAGGUGCAGUUGUCUACGUUUCAGAGGAAGAAGCUGGCCAAACCACCUCUGAGAAUUUAUCACCUAAGAAAACCCUAUAAAAUUCAUGGGGUCAUCAUAACUGAACAGGUGACUUGUAUACACAUUUUCACAAUCACAGAAAUAAACCACAGCAUUUUAUUUUCCCCCUGCAUUUCCCCCCUGGAGAUUUGGCAACUUUAACAUUAACAAGUAAAGCAGAAGUGUUACAGAGUUUGUGCUUCAUACUAGAUUGCGGGUGAGUGGGUGGAAUUUUAUAUUUUGGACAUUUUAGAAAGGUUGCAAAAUGACAUUAUCUUUCUUCCCAGAGUUAGUGGCUUUGACAAGUGGAGCGAAGAAUCCCCAGCAUAUAUUGCAAGAACCCUUUCCUACAAGACUGCACUAUUGAUGUAAAUACAUCUGGAUACACUUUCUAUAAGCUUUUAGUUUUAUAAGGUCUGUUAGUUUAGUGUUUAUUAAAGCUGUAUAGGAUUAUUAGACAUUCAGGUAAAAACAUUUAAAGACAAAUUUUAAACAAAAUCACAGUAUACAUGAAAGCUAUUUUGAUUCUGAGAAAACGUUUAAAAAGGAAACUUUAAAAACACUGUAUGAUUAUAUUCUGUGAUCUUGAUUAUCCUAGAAGUUAUAUUCCCGCCCUGUCCCGUUCCUGCCUUGGUUUUUAUGGCCUUAUAAGAAAUGCUUUGUGCAUCUUAAUCACAUACGAUGGGGGCAACAUGGAUUUGCAAAUGUCAAUUGUGAUUUGCAGUUUGAAAACCCUUUAAAAUAAAUGCCUCUUUUCAAAUAUUGAUUUCCUUGAAUUAAAGAAAGCCAAGCAUUAAUUAAGCCAGGUGCCACCAUCUGACAAGAUGGAGUAUCAGUUUCUUAUAUGUGGCUGUUUCCAGUUAUAUUUCUUGGCCUUUUUUUCCCAGAGAGGGGAAAGAUUUUUUAAAGCAACAGAAUUGAACAUUAGUCAUAGAGAACCAUUUGUUUAAAAAAUACCCUGUAGUUCAACCAGGACAAAAUAUGAUUCCAGUGGUAUGUGGAGAAUAUUGAUGGAGACGAGAUUUAGUUUGGUAUCCGUUCACAUUGCUGACUUUUUGGUUGAAAGAAGACCUCUACUAGGCAUAAAACAGCUGGUUGAAAGAGUAGCAAAAUUGUACCAAGAUUGCCCUCCACUUCCUAGGAUUAUUUGGACAUAUUUUGAUUUUAAAAGAUUUUUAAAUGGGGAGAUAGCUUUGGUUUCUAAAAAAGUGUUUUGGGGGCACGUGGAAAAGGCUCAGGCUUGCAACAACAGACAUAAGAACAAGAUAAGAGGGCCCUGGAUCAAGUAAUCACUGCCAUCAUUGCUUUGUAUUUAGGAUGAAGAGUGUUGAUCAUUUCCCGACCAACCUGAGCCUUGAAAAGUCAACUGCAUAAAGUUGUGUUUGCUUAAUCUCAUUUCUAGUACCACACAGUCAUUCGGUUGCUAAAAUUCAAAUAGCUUCCUGGGAGCAGCAACAGAGUACUGCAGUGGUUUAAAAAAAGAAAAGAAAAGGAAGAUAAUACACUGUAGGAAGAUGUACUGUAUAUCUACCAGAUCAUAAAGAAUGCUAUCUGAGCUCCAUCCAACCUGGAACAUUUUUAUCAUGGAGAUAGAAUGGCCUUUCUUGAUGCAUCCGUCAGUCACUUCAACUCAGUGAAUUAAUCCAGAAAUAUUUAGACAGUAUGCCAGGAUACCUUUAAACUGUGUGAAGUCUACAAUGAUACUUGCUUCAGAUGCAUAGAAUUGUGGAGUAAAAUUUCCAUAUGCUGGAAUUGUUUCCUUCUUUUGCUAUGGCUGAGGCUCUUUUCUGCCCUGGUGUGGCUCCGCUCCCCAUACCUUUUUUGCCUGUUUUGUUUCUUGAACAAUGUAAUCUUCCCCCACUUCUUCAUUUCUUUGAGCAGUGAUUUCUCUCUCUCACUCACUCUCACACACGUAUAUAUAUAUAUAUAAACACACACAAAGUGAAUUUACCUUUUUUGAAAAAUCAAUUUUUGUAACAAGUUAUUUAUAUGAUACUACUAAAUAAACUGUUUUUUUUCUAA